UCAGCGCCCGCGCGGGCGACUUCCGUGACGUCACACGGGCCCACUCCAGCGACGAGUGUAAAGUUGCCCGUCGCCACCCGCCAUCAAGCCCACACACACCAGCCUACCUUAAUGGGACAUAUAAAUAACACAGACACUGAUGCAGUGUAUUCAUGCAGAAUCUGUCCACAAAAGUUCUCAAACAAAUCUCUCCGCAAACAACAUGAAUACACUCACAUGGAACUAUACAUUUGCGAUAUGUGUAAUAUGAAAUUCAGGCUGAAAUCAGUUUUAAUAAGACAUAUUUUUGACGUACAUAUGAAGAUAAAUGACGUGUGUAAAGUUUGCAACAAAAUUCUUGCAAACAAGGCGUGCUUAAAGAAACAUCAAAGACUUCACACUGGUGACAAACCAUACAAAUGUAAGGUAUGUGAUAAGAAAUUUGCACUUGUUGAAUAUUUAAAUUUACACCAAACUGUUCACACUGGUGAAAAACGAUACAACUGUGAAAAAUGUAACAAACAAUUCAAAUAUAAAAAUAGUUUAAACAAACAUAAAAAUAUUCACACCGGUGUCAAAAAAUAUAGCUGUGAUCAAUGCGGCAAACAUUUUACACAAAGCAACACUUUAACUGCACACAAAAGGGUUCUGCACACAGGUGAGAAAUUAUAUAAGUGUGAUGAAUGUGAUAAAUUAUUUGGAUAUAAAAACUCUUUAACUAAUCAUAAAAAAAUGCAUGCUCGAGGUGAUAUUUACAGCUGCAACUUUUGCGACGAGAAAUUUCCUCAAAUAAUACUUUUAAAUAAACAUAAAAAUAAGCACGUCGGAGAGAAACCGUACGGCUGCGAAGAAUGUGACAAGAGAUUUAAAAGAAAAGAUCUAUUAGAUUUCCAUAAAAUAACGCACAAAGGAGACAGACCAUACACCUGUGACAAGUGUGGUAAGCAAUUUAAACGAAAAUAUAAUUUAUGUCAACAUGGAAAAAAUCACGCAGAAAAAUCUCACAGUUGUAAUGAAUGUAACAAGAAAUUCACACACAAGCAUCAGUUAGAAGCUCAUGUAAGAACUCACACUAAAAAAAAACCAUUUAUUUGUGCAAAAUGUGGCGCGCAAUUUGCUCAGAAUUAUAUUUUAGAGAAACAUAAACAUAUUCAUUCUGAAAAGAUACCCGUGACCGAGUGAGUGAAAGGAAAUUAACUAAAGGAAUUUAUUAUUAUUUCUUUAUUUAUUUGAACUCUUAGGCUAAGUGAUUUAUAAUAUGAAUAUAAAAGUAAAAUCUAAAAACACUUACAAAACGAUAAAAAAUACAUGUAAACAUUAUAAAAAAAACCUAACCUAGGGUGCCGCCGUGGUGGUCAGAGCCGCAGAGUGAGGGACCGACGUACUAUACGCGCCGUGUCAAAAAUUACCGCCUUCUACAUCUGACCCUUGAUCCAACCACACAUUAUUAUUAUUACAGUUUUAUU